AAUAUAAUUAAAUACAUUGAAUAUUGCUGAGGUGAUAUAGGCAGAGAGAAGUAUUUGCAUUGAAUCUCCAACGUCCAAACCUAAUCUAAAAGGCAAGAACAAGAAGUUUUGAUUCACCAAGCUUUCGCUUUCAUUAUCUCUAUAGCACAAUAUGUAGCAGAGAAGAGUGGUUAAAAAUGGUAUAAAGUCCCUCAACUCUUGUGUCCCUUGCGCAAUGUCGACGGCUUCGAUUAACGGCGGGUGUCUCACCUCCCUCUCUCCUUCCCAAUCUUCUCUCCGGCGACCCACAUUACGUCCCUCAGUCUCUGCUAGGCUCAACACUCCUUCUUCUUCUUCUAUCCCUGCCCUUAUCAGAAACGAGCCCGUUUUUGCUGCUCCUGCUCCUAUCAUCAACCCUACUUGGAGAGAAGAAAUGGGAAAGAACUCGUACGAGGAGGCCAUUGAAGCUCUGAAGAAACUCCUCAAUGAGAAGGGAGAAUUGAAGCCCACUGCAGCAGCCAAAGUAGAGCAGAUAACAGCUGAGUUACAAUCUGGUUCAUCUGGCAGCAUACCCUUCAAUCCAAUUGAGAGAAUGAAAGAAGGCUUCAUUCACUUCAAGAAAGAGAAAUAUGACAAGAAUCCAGGAUUGUACACUGAACUUUCCAAAGGUCAGAGCCCCAAGUUUAUGGUUUUUGCAUGCUCGGAUUCCCGGGUUUGCCCAUCACACGUGCUGGAUUUUCAACCAGGGGAAGCUUUCGUGGUCCGAAAUGUUGCUAACAUGGUCCCACCGUAUGAUCAGGUUAAAUACGCAGGGAUUGGUUCUGCAGUUGAAUAUGCAGUUUUGCAUCUCAAGGUGGAGAACAUUGUUGUGAUUGGUCACAGUGCCUGUGGUGGAAUCAAGGGGCUUAUGACCUUCCCAUUUGAUGGAAACAAAUCUACUGACUUCAUAGAAGAUUGGGUCAGCAUUGGUCUGCCUGCCAAGGCGAAGGUGCUUGCUGAACAUGGAGGUGCAGAUUUGCCAGAACUCUGCACACACUGCGAAAAGGAAGCAGUGAAUGUAUCGCUUGGAAAUUUGCUGACAUAUCCAUUUGUGAGAGAUGGAUUGGUGAAGAAGACACUAGCAUUGAAGGGUGGCUACUACGAUUUCGUUACAGGAAGUUUUGAGCUAUGGGGGCUUGAGUUUGGCCUCUCUCCCCCACUCUCUGUAUGAACAAAACAAAUUCCAUUAUCUGUAAAAGAUGUGGCCACCAUACUUCAUUGGAAGCUCUAGGGCAUUGCAUAGAGGUCAUUCCUGCUAAGAUGAGGACAAUCUCUUCACUUCUGUUAGUUGAAAUAAUCAAUAUAUGAAAUGGGUUUUGUAGAUUUAUGACCCUUUUUAUCAAGAAUUGGAAUUUCUUGACUGGUCCAA